AUGUCUUACUGGAUUUUUGUAGAUGAUGCCAACCCUGCCAUCAAUUAUGUUGGGCCAUGGAUUCCAGACCAUGGCUCGCAGGAUACAGUAGGCACCUUUGGAUUGCCUGUCAUGAACACCUUGCAUGGAGUUGCCACAGAUGCUAGCCUCUCUUACGCUUUCAAAGGAACCUCUGUACAAAUCAUUGGAACUUUACAGUAUUCCAAUGUGUCUGGGCCUGUGACGAACCCUUCUUGGGAGUGUUUCGUGGACAGCAUUGCCAUUCCCGUUCAAACCUAUGCUGGAGCAGAGAGCAGGCUCGUACUCUGCCACCAAGACGUACUACUGGAUGAAGUAGAGCAUACUAUCACCCUGAACGUUCAUGUCUCAAACGAAAGGAUGUUCUGGUUUGACGCAAUUUCCUAUUUGCCUUCCUCUAGUGUAUCGUUGGACGGGGCAUUACUCACUAUGGAUGUUCCGGGGCCGAAUAUGCAAUUCAGCCCUGGCUGGUCAAAAUCUGAGUUUGGAUAUGUGACUUCUACUCCAGGCUUGACAUUUCAGUUCAAUUUUUCUGGUAUCACGCUUCUUUGGAUAGGAUAUUACGAUCAGCGCCUACCCAACGCUACCUCGAGCGGGAGUUAUACCAUCGACGACGGUGAUGAAAUCAUGUUCUUACUUAAUGGAUCUUUGGCAAGCUUCACCGGAAACCUGUACAACCAAAUCUUUUUUCAAACACCCCUUCUUUCCUCAGGGAUACACAACCUCCAAGUCACUUUCAAUGGCAACUCACAGUCCACACCCUUGACUCUUAAUGGCAUAUAUAUUCAGAAUGGCACAUCCUCGACUACGAACUCCACUUCUACCCCACCUUCCUUUACGACACCUAUCUCUAACUCUAUAUUUGGAAUUUCUACCUCCACUAUCAGCACUGUUCUCGUCAAUUUUACCAGUACAAUGUCCACGAUCACGUCUAAUAUGCCACGUGAAGCGGAAUCACCUUCGCUGCACCCAAAUUCUCCAAAUCAGGCUCACUAUAUUGCGCCAAUUGUAGGAGGGAUCAUUGGUGGUCUGGCUAUUCUCACUGCAUGCAUCCUUGGCGCUAUCUACAUUCGCAAGAGGCGCUCAAGACUGUCAUUUAGAACCAUUUCGCCUCUUCACAGUAUAGAGCCUAUUUAA